UUUUAUUUCCCCGUGAACGGCUUUUCCAGAAAAGUAAUACAGAUCAUCUUUUAAAGCAUACCUGAGUGAUCUACCUCUGAAACCAAGCCAUGGGGUGUGAAAAAUCCAAACCCAAGAUGGACACAUCAGAGUCGAAGUCCUCCGAUAUUAAAGGAAGGAGCGAGGAAAACGGGGACAAACCACGUGAGAAAAACGACUACACCAACCCCCCCGUUAAUCUACCACAGCCUGGGGAGAACUCUGAUGUUGAGGGAGGCAGUGGCGGAGGGAAACGUGUUUUCGCGCUCUAUGACUAUAAUGCCCGAACACAAGAAGACCUCACAUUCCGCAAAGGCGAAGUUCUCGAACUUAUAGAGGGCAUAACUGAAGACAAUGAGGACUGGUGUUACGCGCGACAUAUAUAUCCAAAAUGUAACAAUCAUCAGAAGGAGGGUUACGUGCCACGGAACUAUGUUGCAUUGGAGGAAAGUCUAGAGUCACAUGACUGGUUUUUCGGACGGGUGGCACGUAAGGAGGCAGAGAGAAACUUGUUGACGAAGGACAACCCUGUUGGGGCUUUCCUUGUACGGGUGAGCGAGAGUUGUCCGGGGAGCUAUGUGUUGUCCAUUCGAGACUAUGACCAAAACAUGGCCAAUCCGGAUUGCGCCAAACAUUACAAGCUUUGCAACAUGGAUGGAGGCGGAGUGUACAUUGACAAAAGACGACAGUUCAAGAGUAUGAUGGAACUUGUGGACCAUUAUAAAGUGCAAGCGGGUGGUAUAUGUCGGCCACUGGUAGCACCGUGUUAUCGAGCUGCCCCGGUAAUGGUUGAUUUGAGUCGGGACACUAAGGAUGCGUGGGAGAUUGACAGGAACUCGCUCCAGCUUGCACAGAGGAUUGGAGCCGGUCAGUUCGGGGAAGUCUGGAAAGGACGAUGGAACAACACAACAGAUGUCGCUAUAAAAACACUGAAGCCUGGCACAAUGACGGCGGAGGCCUUCCUUGCCGAGGCCCAGAUCAUGAAGCAGUUUCGCCAUGACAAACUUGUGCGUCUUUACGCCGUCUGCUCGAAGGAGGAGCCGAUUUACAUUGUGACUGAGCUCCUCAAUGACAGUCUGCUCAACUACCUGCGGGAGGGAGACGGACGAUACAUGAAGUUCCCAGAUAUGGUGGACUACGCUGGACAGGUUGCGUCAGGCAUGUCAUACUUGGAGCAGCAGAAGCUGAUCCACAGAGACCUGGCGGCAAGAAAUGUCCUCGUUGGGAAGAAUAAUGUCUGCAAGGUUGCCGACUUUGGUCUUGCACGCGUCAUUGAAGAUACUGAAUAUACCGCGCAUGGAGCCAAGUUCCCGAUCAAGUGGACAGCCCCAGAGGCAGCUAAUUACAUGCGAUUCACGAUAAAGUCUGACGUGUGGUCAUACGGCAUUCUGCUCACGGAAAUCACAACACAUGGACAAGUACCAUACCCAGGAAUGACAAACAAAGAAGUUCUCAACCAAGUAGAAUGUGGUUAUCGAAUGCCUAAACCGCUGAAAUGUUCCGACGCCAUGUAUGAAAUAAUGAUCAAGUGCUGGGAUAAACGUGAGGAAAACCGACCAACUUUUGAAUUCCUGGAGUGCUUUUUCGAUGACUUCUUUGUCAAUACAUAACGGAAAUAUAAUAAGGACUAUGUUGAAUAAUUAGAGUUGUGACUGAUAUUGUUGCACACAAUUUGAACACUUAUUAUAAGAUUUAUGUAGCAUCUUACUAUUUAAUCUCCAUUUGGUUCAGAGCAGUAUUUUAGCAGGCUAUUUUGGCCAUGCUACUUGAUGCAAGAUUAAUUCAUCUCGCGUUACUUUGAACCUGUUGAACAUUGCGAUAGUGUUUACAAUAUUUAUUUGUCAUUAGUUUGUUCGCAAUAGAUCGAUGUGCCAUGAAAUAAACAUCAACUCUGUUUUCCAUUUUUUAUGUAGCAAAGUUUGAAAUUAUGUAAAUAUAUCAUGUUAUACCAUAAUAAAGUAUUUUCAUCAUGUGUAGAGAUUAAAGCAGAUUUGAAAAGGGGUGGAGUACUGCAGAAAAAAGACGGGAGCUAAGGGUUAAAAGGUCACAUUGCAUUUUUCUGUGAAGGAUUUAAAUAUUAUAAAUUGGACAAAAUGCUAGAAAUGUGUUUUAUUGAAGCAGUUUUAGGAAUUUUGUAUUCCUAAUCAUAUAGCAAGCUUGAAAAUAAAACAAAAGAAAUAUUUCCUUAUCUUAAGAAUUUAAUUCUAAGAAGGCAGAAGGUUACACGUUUAAACCCUACAUUAGCUAGGUUUUAUCUGUCCGACAAUUGUCUAAGAAAUAGUAAGUAAUAAAAACAAAAUAAUCAUGAUGUUUAACCAGCCGUUUUACGUUUGAUUUUGGAUUUACUGAUAAGCAGUUAUUGGUAUACAUGUUUUCAUAGUCUUGUAUUAGUCUUUUUUAUAUAUAUUUUAUACAAAUCCAUGUACAUAAGUAUUGUUUUGGAAGAGUUUAUUUUAGAAACUUAAACAUAUAUUAUAUUAUAGAGCUAUUUGUUUGUUGAUGUGUAUAUAUAAUUAUGUACAAUGUAACAGUUACUAUGUGUGCUAUUCAAGACAGUACAUGACUAUGCAUGUUUUCUAAGCUGUGAUUAAUAUCUUAUCUCAUUAUAUGUAUGCGUUUUUAUAUGUGUGCUUAUGAGUUUAAAAACAGAUUUAUUUAAACUGGACAUUCAAGUAGAUAGUUUUGACCGAAUGCGAAUGGAUUAUAAGACGCUCAUAGCAAAUAUAUCAUGGUAUUGGUAUUGAAAGCCUCGGAAAACCAGUACCAGACAACUAUCUCUUUUUGCUCCUCCUCAACACAAAGUACCUUUGGACACAAUAUUUGUUUCUUGUGGUGUAUUGAGAUUUAAAAGGAAAAAAAACACAUAACAAUAGCAGAUACCAGCUUUACAGUAUAUUCUGAAUGUGUAAAUAAAUGAUUCUAGGACACCAAGGGCGGUGAUUACAUAGAGCCUCCAGUCCAAUUCUAGACUCAAACUCAGAGAAGAACUUUAAAUAAAGAAUUUUUUUUUUGUUCAUUCGUUUUACAAAUAUAAAUGUAAACAAUUGUGCGAUUUUGCAUAGUAAUACAAUUGAGCUAUUUUCACCAUCAAUACUCGACUAGAAGAAAAGAUGCUUUGAAAUGAAGAUCUGUAGUUUUGCUGUUUGAGUCUAGACCCAGACUUGAGACUGUUUGUUAAUGUGACCCCACAGAUUUUUCAAUAACACAAUGCAAAAUAUUAAGUUUUGUUAACAAUUUUACAGGCAGGACCUUGCUGCAGUCAGAAUAUUGAUUGAUAUAACAUAUAUGUAUUUUGUGGUAAGGUAGGUAACAUAUAAUGUCUGCGGAACUGUAUUGUAUCUUGAUAUCUGAUUUAAAAAGUUUACAACAUUAUUAUUUCUUGAUUUGAUAAAACAAUCCAUUGCUGUGUACGAGACAAUCAUCAAAAAUAUGUAUGUAUAAUUGUAUAUUCAAAAUAAUGUGUCUAUCUUUCAACUAAAGCAGUUAAAUAAUCUUAAAUUUAGUGUUUAUUUUUGCUUUAUUAUACUAUCAAGCUGGUGAAGCAUAAGUAAAUCCAAUAUUUUUAGUGUUGGUGUGAAUGUCUCUAUGCUACCCAUUGCACAUGAUAACUUGCUAUACAACCAAAUUAAUAAGCCCAAAUAUAAUGGUAAAGUAGGCCAACUUAACUCGAAAACACUGUCUGAUCAAAUACCAUCAUGUUACGAUAUGUAUGUAGUGAUGUUAUUCAAAACACAUAUAUCCUUGGAAUAAUAAAUAUACAAAUGUAAUGUUCCCGGUUGUUUCCGUCAGGAGCCAUCACAAUAAAUAGAUCAGUGUUAGUCUGGCAAGCCCAUU